UAAUGCAGUCUAAUAAACAUAAUGCACAUACAUACAGAAGAACAUGAAAUAAUUGUAAAAACAAAACGUCUCAACACAAAGUGCAAAGUUCAAACUGAUUUGAGUUUUCAAAUUGAACAAAUUUAGCACAUGUGAUGCUUUUUGUUCCACAGAACUUUACUGGCUCAGCAGCAGAGGUCACAUACUCCGGAAACAUCUCAGGCCUCAACAGAAACAGCAGCAGCACUGGAGAAUAAUCAUUUACAUUUACAGUGUCUGAGCGUCUUAUUCUGUUUUAUCUUUCAAAGACAGCAGGAAACGUUCAAAUAAACAAAACAAUGAGGAAGCUGCUGAGAACAAACAAAUAUAAAGUGGAGCAGCGGUCAGAUAUCAACAGAGCAGCAGCACUUCCUGUCUCAGCAGCUGUCAAUCAAACACACAGAUACUUCCUGGUAUGUUUAGUGUCUUAGUUUCCCCUCUCAGACAGACAGACAGACGGACAGACAGACAGACAGUCCUCCAGGAGCUGAGGGUCGUUUUCAGAAUGCAGCUCUUCAUCCUCCUCUUCCUCCUGUCCCACGUUGCCGUGGUGACAGCAGUGGCCGGUUGCCACAGCGACAGGGACAAGGACCACCGGCCAAGGGAGAACUGCACAGCGGCCGGCUUCAGCAACGUCCCGGCGGGAUUCGAACCCUCGACCAAGGUUCUGUUGUUUCCUAACAACCUGUUCUCCAGUGUGUCCUGGUCCUCUUUCCAGACCUUUACGGACAUCUAUGAGAUCGACUUCACAGGCAACAAGGUUCCAGAGGUGACCUCCAGCGUGUCUCCGAUCCUGCCCACCCUCAGUGUUCUCCGGCUGGGGUCGAACCAUAUUAAGUCCCUCUCUGACGGUUCCUUCACCGCCUGUCCAGGUCUGACUGAGCUCUACCUGAACAAAAAUGCCUUGGACUCCCUGAGCGACCACACCUUCUCUGGACUCAGCAAGCUGGAGAUCCUGGAUUUGUCGUCAAACCGUAUCAAGGUGCUUCCCGAGCUCAUGCUCCACCCCCUCUCUGCCAUAGAAACCCUCUACCUGGAUAACAACAAGAUCAAGGUGAUGCCGGAUGAUUGGUUCAGCCAGAAGGAGGAGGUGCCGUACCUUUACCUCUCAGAGAAUCUCUGGGUCUGCUCCUGUUCCCUUGGUUACUUGCGAAGGUACAUUGACGACUACGAAUUCAACAUCUACGUCCGGGAUGGCCCGAUCAUCAGGGGCGAGGCAGAGAGUGUGAUGUGUGACUCUCCACAGUGGCAUAGGGGUAAACCUGUAAUGAGUCUGGAAGAAUCUGAUCUGUGUUCACCGACAGAAUCGGGUCCAACGGGAGACUUCUACCCACAAACAACUACAUACGGUCCUCUUAUGAUCCCAGCUACAACCAACAAAUCACCUCCUCCUCCCACUACUGCUGCUUCUACUCCUGCUACUACUUUUUUUCAUAUCACCUCUACGACUUUUAUUCCAACCACUGCUCCUGCUCCCUCUGCUACAGCAAUCGUAGAAGAACUCCACACUGUGUACCACAGAGUAGUCACAUGGUCCUGGUAUCAAUCCUUCACCAGAUUCAUUGAGUGGUCGGAUUAUUCAGGGUCAGACGUGAAAGGUACGAUGCGGUUGGUUGAGCUGCAUACUCCUACUUCCUCUCCUCCCACUCUCCAUACCGUCAAACCCUCAACUGAAAGUCCUGCUAAAAUGACGACCGCUGUGCCAACGAAACCCGCUGAGACAACCACAUUUGUUCCUUCAACCGUAAUACCAACAACAGCAAAAGUGCAAGAAGUCACAAAAACCACCACAAUCCCUUCGUGGGUGAUCGAUGAACCGGGCAGCCGGCGGCAUAGCAGAGUGAGUGCGGUCAGAGGUGCUGGCGUCUUCUGUAUUUGGCUUUUCGCCGGGUGUCUGCUGCUGUGCGUGGCGUCUGCGGCAUGUAUAUUGGCGACUGUGGCGAGGAUGGUCAUCUGGUACCGGAGGGUGUACAAGCCGCUGAGUAUGAGGAGGGGAGGAGGUAGCGAGGGAGUAAGGAUGUUAAUGUACAGCAGGCAGGAAGAGAAGGAGGUGGCAGGAGGAGGAGUGAUGGCGCUGUAUCGAUCUGUUCUGUUCAUCCAGAGAGAGGGAGGAGAAGCUAUGGAAGAUGUAGGGAAGGAAGGUGAGGAAGGAGGAGGGAAAGAAAGACUCCUAGUCGGUUUGGAGCCGAGUGGAGGAGGAAGCGCAAUGAAGGAGGAAGAAGGAGAAAGAGGAGGGAGGGAGGAGAGGGGAGGGAAAGAACGACUCCUUGUCGGUUUGGAGCCGAGUGGAGGAGGAGGCGCAUUGAGGGAGGAAGAAGGAGAAAGAGGAGGGAGGGAGGAGAGGGGAGUGUACAGGAAGACAUUGUACCGUCUGUUAAGCAAGGAGGAGCAGGUAGAGGGAUGGAGGGACGUGAAGGAGGAGUGUUGGGUCCCUGCAGAAGGUGAUGGGAGGAGGGGUAAAGAUGAAGCGGGCGAUAGAGAGAGGAGUGGAGGAGGAGUUUCCAGGAAGUCCUACAGUGUCAUUCUGAGGGAGGAGAAGGAGGAGGCAGGCGGGGGGAGAGAGGAGGUGGACUGGGUGGUCGGGGGGUGGGAGGUGAAAAGAGGAGGAGGGGAGGAGGAGCCCCGGAGCAGCUGGGGGGAGUGGCUGGCACAUUACCUACCCAGCAUGCCCUGGGGUGUGACCACGCCUCCUGAGGGCGGGGCAGCUCUGUGUGUCAUUAGUGUUGUUAUUAUUAUUAUUAUAGUUAUAUUAUUAUUAUUAUAUGUAGUAUUAUAUACCGUAAAACUUCCAAUAAAAGCAGGGCCCCUAAUAGACGCAGGUCUCCAAUAGUGGCCUGGUCUGGAUUUUAUAGAAAUGAUCUCGAUGUAUAAAACCCACCAGGUCGCCUGCUUGAGAGAGUUUUAAGUCGUUUUGAUCUCCUACUUACACAAAUAUAAAUGUAUAGAUUUAAUGAUCAUAAUGCACAUCAUUAGAUCAGUUAUAGAUUCUCCACAAUUCAAUCUUUCACUAUAUUUUACGAUCAACAACAAAGUAUAACGUUAAUUAAAUGGGUAACACGGUAAACAACAGAGACGGGAAAAUACCCCUGAAGCAUCAUAAUCAUCAUGUUAGUUGUCAAAUUUACUGAACAAAUCUCAAGAGAAGCAGCAGUUAGUUUAGUUUAGUGCUAAAGGAAUUAAAGGCCUGUAUAGAGGCCUGUCCCCAAUAAAGGCAGGGGGAGUUCAGUGAUUUAAGCAAAUAAACGCCCGGGCUAUUAUUAGAUGUUUUACGGUAAUUAUUAUAGUAUUAUUAUAAUUAUUAGUGUGACAUUUGGAUUGUUGAAUGUUGGACGAUGAGAGGAUGAAUCUUUAUGUACCUGUUCAAACUGCAAUAAAUCUAUUGAAUCUUAAAACUAACUGUGGUUAAGUUCUUUGAUAGGUUGAAUAGAUUUGAUGAGUCUAACUUCUUAAUAUUGGUGCAUUAUUGGCAUCCUACCAUUAACGAGUGAUCAAAGGUUAGACUACACAUUAAGUAAAACCUUUUACAUUUGAAAAUGAGACCUCACAGUUUAAGAGACAUUAAAUGAAUGAUGUUAAAAUGUGUUAAUGUAAUUCAAGAUACAAUUGCAAUAAACAUUUUUAUAGUGAAACCAACCUUCUGUCCAGCCUAGAGAUUACUGUCGUUGCACUGACAGUCAAGACUGUCACAGGUGAGUUGCCUACUUCCAUAUUUAUUAAACACAUUAUUGUAUUUCACUAGAAUGGUUCUCCUUCAGUCACUUUGUCUCUAUGCAUCACACCAUACUGCAUUUUACCUACAGGCCUCGGCCACCAACAGUCCAGCCAAACAUUCAUCUGUAGAUCACAAUUUCUGUCACAGCUCAUAUUCAGACCUAUAGAUAGCUCCAUUUUUUCCACACUGAUGGAAUAAACUGACAGAUUACAUACUUUGGUUCAUAGUAUUCAACUUGUACCUGCUUUUUUUAAAGGUGUAAUAUUUGAAUAUAAUUUUUUUACCAGAUCCAGAGAAUAAAUGAGGUUGCAGUAAGGAGCAAUGUCCACAUGGUGGAGCUACAGGAUAAACUUAAGACUGGGUUCAGAGCGGCGCUGCAGAUAACGGCAUCACAUCCCCUCUGCGAGGCAUCGGCGAGCGCUCUGAUCGCCUAUUUAACCAGUUCACACACAGCUAUUAAAACAUGGACUCACUAUAUCAUUUUGUCUCUCUGUGGCCUCCGUACACUCAGGAUGAACUGUUAUAUCUUCACUGAUUCUCUAAAAGGGACCAAAGCUUAAUGUCACCAAAUGGUUGCAGAGUAAGAAAUCUUUUGGUAAGGAGCGUAGAAGCAGCUCUCUUCCUUUACUCUCCUUAUUGUUUGUGUUGCAGUGCUCUUCCUGUGUGAGUUUACAACAGACCUGCUGUUAGACUCUCAGUAGCUGAAUGUCUGACACAACCUGAACGCAACCUAAUGGUUUUGAUUGCUGGUAAAUCAUGUGACCUCGGGGAGCAGUGGGUGGAGCCAGAGAGUUUAAAAGCAGCUGAGCAGCAGACACUCUUUACUCUGAUCUUCUUCAGGUGCUGGCUCCAUGGCUCCAGAGUCUGUGCUGCUUCUGGCUUCAUUCACAGCUUCAUGGACACUGACAGUGGAUGCAGACCCCCAGGAGGUCUCCGUGGAGUCUGGCUCGGAUGUGACUCUUCCCUGCCGGGCUCCCACAGACCUCUCAGCGGUGAAGUGGAGCAGACCUGAGCUCGGGUCAGACCACUAUGUGUUCUUCUACAGGGACGGACGGCUGUACGAGGAGUACCAGCAUCCAUCUUAUCGGGGUCGAGUGUCUCUGAAGGACCCGGGACUGGAGCACGGAGACGCCUCUGUGACCCUGAGGAGCAUCUCCUUCAGGGACAAUGGGACUUAUGAGUGUGUGACGGUGAGCAGCAGAGGGUGCAAGAAGAGGUCCAGUGCGGUCCACCUGAAGGUCUCACACACAGGUCUCACAGCUGGACAGACUGACGAGGGAGGGGACACGCGUGGACGUUAUGGACUGGUGGCUCUGUGUGUUGUUGUGAUUGUGAUUGUUUCUCUCAUUUUGUGUAAAUAUAAAAAACAUGUGAAGAAGAGUUCAGAGCGUCCACCUGCUGAUGAAGCUGCUGA